AGGGCAGGACAAGACCACUGACUACGCUCACAUCACAUCUAGAAACUCAAAUCUACCACAGGGUCCAUCCGAGGCCCUAAUACAAAAUUCCAAUUACAAGAUCUGUGCUCUAGGAGUAGCAAUCCAGCCCCAUCCACACGCAUACUGCUUUAAGAUGAUGUAAUUCUUCAUAAGCCAUUAUGCUACACUCCCCUCCACACCGCUGAGGCAACAUCAGCUGAGGCGGUUUUUUCUCUCUCGCUUUUUUUUUCCAGGCACCACCCUGAUCGGGAAGGGAGUCUGUGCGCAGUCUCGAGCUCUCCACCUCCACUCCUCUCUUUCCGAGAAAGAAAGAGGGAACGAGCCGUGAUGGAAAGCUGGGAGUCGCUCGGGUCGCUGGCUUACGCGACUAGCGCGCCGUGCUGGACCAUGCUGACCAUCACUGAUAAGUAAGACGCGACUCCUCUCUCCUCCAACUUCCAUCGCGGACUAUUUCCUGCUUUUUUUGCUCGCCUGUCGUCAGAAGUUGGAUGCGCGUCGAGGGCUUUAACUUCAGAAGUUGUUGGGGGGACUUUUUUCCUCGCUCGGUGAGGGGAGAGGGUGGAGAGUGAGACGCGCACGCUCUGCUCGGGUGGGCUUUGAGCUCGGACAGCCAGCCGUGCGUCUCCGCUCUGGGUUCCGUGAGGGAGCGUGUUGGCUGUAGUUCAGCUCGGAUAUACCGGCUGAACUGUGGAGGAGAAGCUGCUCCAAACUCGGCACUUCAGAGCCUUCAGCUUCCCGGGAAGCGCUCGAUACCCACCCACUGAUUUGGGAGGGGAACGGAAGGAGGGGGGAAACUUUUUCUCCCGUUUGAGCGCGCCUAGGUGGCUCCCCUGAAGCCCCCUCCCCACCCCUCAUGACCGAAACGAUGGCUCUGAGCGGGAACUGCAGGACUCAGCCCGCGGCCAAAGAGCAGGGCUCCGUCCAGAACAGCUUCCCGGACGUGAUCGAGCUGAACGUCGGCGGGCAGGUGUACUAUACCCGGCACACCACGCUCGCCAACAACCCCGGCUCGCUGCUGGGCAAGCUGUUCUCGCCCAAGAGCAACGCGUCCAACGACCUCGCCCGAGACCCCAAGGGCCGCUACUUCAUCGACCGCGACGGCUUCCUCUUCAGGUACGUACUGGACUACCUCAGGGACAAGCAGGUGGUCCUGCCCGACCACUUCCCCGAGAAGGGCCGCCUGAGAAAGGAGGCCGAGUACUUCCAGCUGCCCGACCUGGUCAAGCUGCUGACGCCCGAGGAGCCCAAGCCCAGCCCGGAGGAGUGCCUGCACAGCGACUACGAGGACGGCUCGCAGGGCAGCGACCAGCGCGCCUGCCCGCCGCCCUCGCUCGUGCCCGCCGACAGGAGGAGCGGCUUCAUCACGGUGGGCUACCGGGGCUCGUGCACCGCGGGCAGGGAGAGCCAGACGGACGCCCGCUUCAGGCGCGUGCCCCGCAUCAUGAUCUGCGGCAGGAUCGCCUUGGCCAAGGAGGUCUUCGGCGAGACCCUGAACGAGAGCCGGGACCCGGACAGGACGCCCGAGCGCUACACGUCCCGCUUCUACCUGAAGUUCAAGCACCUGGAGCGCUCCUUCGACAUGCUCUCCGAGUGCGGCUUCCAGAUGGUGGCGUGCAACUCGUCCGUCACGGCCUCCUUCAUCAACCAGCACACCGACGACAAGACGUGGUCGAGCUACACGGAGUACGUCUUUUACCGUGGUCCAUCUCGCUGGUCUUCGCCACCUUGUGACUGCUGCUGCAAGGGCCACAAAGGUGAAGGUGAGGGUGAGAGCGGCACUUCCUUCAACGAGCUCUCUACCUCCAGCUCAGAGAGCCAGUCGGAGGCCAGCUCUCCCCAGGGCACAGUCAUCCGUGGCCCCGUCAGCCGACAGACACAUGUCCAGACCCUGGACCGGCCAUCAAAGAAAGGCCCUGUGCAGCAUCUGUUGCAGCAGCAGCAGUCCGAGCAGCGGCGUAAGAGCGACCUCCUUCGCACCCUCACCGCAAGUGCCCGGGACACUAGCACCAGCAAGAAGCGACCCACUAAGGAGAAGAUGACUGUGGAAGAGGAGCUGGAAAAGUGCAUCCAGGACUUCCGUAAGAUCAAGAUCCCAGACCACUUCCCAGAGCGCAAGUACAUGUGGCAGGCUGACCUGCUGCGCAAGUACCGCCUCUGAAGGACCGCAGGGCUCCGGGAGAACUUUGGAACCCUCUCGAAGCAGGAAUACAAAGCUGUGAGCUGUGAACGUACGCGAUUCUUCACUACUGCCUCGGACUUGUCUCUGUUCUCAGAUCUCGUUUGAUUUGAGUGAUUCACUGGAGGAUCACUUGAGAGUUACCUUCAAGUUGACUUAUUAGCAUCCUUCUUUCUGUAGCCCAGAAAAGGCAUCGUUUUCACGAAAGAAGCACACUUUCCUGGUCUUUCGGUUCAUGACAUCCUCUUUAGAGCUAGCACAGAUGAGCACAAAUGUAUGUUUGUCAUUGACCUUAGCAUGUCCAUGGCGCAAGUGGUGGCGUUCAGGAGGCCCAAAGGUCGGAUGACAAAUGCACACCCAUAUAAUAAAUAAUUCAUGCUGUCCCCACAGUGCCCCCGCUAAAAAUAGCUGGUGCCUUGUGGUGGACGUGAGAGCCAGGUUUGAUUUCAACACUUCGGGAAGCACAGAAGACCAUGCGUAAUCCACUUUUCAGCUUUUCCUUGCUCCAUUUCCAAAACUCAACUAAUGGUCCAACCUCUUCACCUUAUCAGUCUCCAUUAGGAGUUUUAGCCAUGGUGUAAAAGUGGUUCCGCACAGUGGGUGGAAACUCAACACCAUCCCUCCUUCAUGUAUUAAAACUGCGGCCUACAUUGACAGAAUUGUGAUAUUUUAAAAUGGGAUAAGUUUGGGCUUACUUCGAAGGAGAGGUGAAAAGUUAAAUAUGGUAGAAAAUAAUAUAAUACACUGCAUAUUAGGUUUAUAUCACAGAAAAAACAUGUGCAUACACACACAUACACACACACACACACACACACACACAUACAUCAACAUUAGGCUGCACACAAGAACACACACUGCCCCAUACUGCCAUUGAUGAACACUAAACAAAGACAAAUGGAUUGCAUUCUUAAAGGAUAGUGUGGUCAACAAGCAUUGAAUAUUACAUUUUACUUCCUAUGGACCAACUAUAGGCAACAGAUCACAUCUCAGUUUAUUCUUAUGGAUGUAAUUAAUAACCACAAAUAUUAGCUAUAAUAACAGCAGGGUUGAUAUAUCAUUUCAAAACUAAAAAGUGUUUAAUCUGAUGUAAAGUGCAAAAAUAUCACUAUACGAAUAAGAUUAUUUAAACAGAAUUUUAUUUUUUUGUGAAAUGCAACCUAUAAAAAUCGAUAUGAAAGUCAGAAUAAAAUCUAAAGAAGUGAUUAUAUGUGGCGCAAAUAUCAGUGUAGACUUUUUAUUCAUUAGCUAAACUACUUGGGGUGUAUCAUUUUUUUGAACAAAAUCGCUGUCGAUCUUCACUCUGCAAAACAGAAUGAAGUGGCAUGCUCUAAUAAUUCUCAACGUAAUGUAAUUAAUUUAUUUUGACACACCAGUUGAAGCCACGCUCUGAUUAUGAGGGUUAUAAUAGUUGGAGAGAGAGAGAAAAUGUCAUCCGUCUGUUAAUCAGUGGUGUAAUUGAUUUUAUGCUCUUUUCCUUUGAGGCAUGAAAAGUCAAAUAAUACAUUCACUUGACUGGCUGUGUUGAGCAUUCUUGGCUUCACUUUGUUUAGUGGCUUGGAAUAUCAGUGGUCUUGUUUGGAAGCUUGAUUUUUGUUAUCUCAAGCGCAUUUUCUAUACUGUUUAUCACAUGGCUAUGAACAUCUAGGCCAGGGGUGUCCAAAGUCUGGCCCCAGGUCACUUGGCCUGUUUAAGAGUGUGUUAUUAGUGGCCCGCCAGCCAGUUUGUUGCAUUUUUUCCUUUCAUCUGAUGGUGGCAGCAGUACCAUAAAUCUCCAGUGUAAUGCACUGCACUGUGCUAAGUUAGCUAAAGCUUCUUUCUCUGUCGAGACCUGCAGCUUAAUUUACUGAAUAACGUGUAGUCAAGACUACAGUCAUAAAGCGCAAACUUAACACUGAGAACUUUUGGUGGGGGAAUUUUUAUUUUUUUCCAUUGAGAGGCCCAGCAAAGAUGUGCACCUCAUAUGUCAAAAGAUAGACAUGAAACAAAGCAUGGACAUUACGAUGAAUAUUGAGGAGAAGAGAGGACAUAGACACAAAAGCAGCUGAAGCCAGCUGGCAAAGCAGACGCAAAGCAGCAACUUCUAGUCAGAGCAAAUUCAGUAGUUCAGUAAGUAUAACCCCUUAAGGCCAAACAAAAACUUUGCCAUUUAUGCUGUUUAAUCUGGUCUUCUGUUUUAAUAAAGUCAUUUCUGAAUGCAAUUGCUGCAAUUUUUUGAUAAGUAAAGAACAUUAUCUAAUGAUUUAGUUUGUCUCACACGUUUUUGAGCAAGUAAAUACUUGAAUAGGGUUGUAAUUUAUAUCUACAAGACAUGAAUUAUUUGUUCCAAGUGCUUAACAGUCCCAAGUGAGCAAUCUAACAAUCAAAGAAGGCUUGAUCUUUUAUGCAGUGAUAAGAAGCACAGUCGCACCCAGAAAGCUCUAAAUCUAUGCACUUUUUGAUUUCGAUUCAUUUGUGACUAAAGAUCUGGCACUCUUUAAAAAACAUUUGGACACUCCUGAUCUAGCCUGACCAGAAUAAUGGUCGAUACACGGCCGAUACAUCAGUUGACCAAUAAUAUCGGUCGACAUUGAUGACCCACGGCAAAUAUAUCACCAGUAAGCAACUUUCUGAAAUUCAUGCUCACAGUUGCCCAAUAAUAAAUAACAAUAAAACUUAGUAAAAAGUCAUUCUUAAAUGGUAGAGUGAGCAUCACACUGAACACUCUCUCUACCAGUGGAGGUGAACACAAACUACUAGAAUGAUUAGAAACAGAAAGAUAAAAUGUGUCUAAAUCUAAUGUUUGUCAAGUGCUACAACACAAGUCUUUUAUCAUGGGGACCAAUUAGAAAAUGUUCCUAAUGCAAAUAGGACAUCUAGCUCCAUUAUAGUGUUGGGAUAUUGUCGAGUUGUCGAUUAUUUGAGUUGUAAAACUCUUAAGAGCAGUGGUCACCAAACCACCUCCUGAAGAUCUACUUUCCUGCAGAGUUUAGUUAAAAUCCUAACCCUGCAGGAACGCAGAUAUCCACCUUAACGUACAAUAAUAUAAAAUGAUAUUGGCAGAUAUUAUGCGUUAUCGAAUCUUAAAAUAUUCAUAUUGUUUGGGUCCUAGUAUCAAAACAAACAGCCCUGUUUUAAACAGUACAUUUCACCCCUCUUACCUCUGCCAAUUACAUGAAUGUAGUAAACAGAUCAAGCACUGCACAGCCAGUGAAUUCUAUUUAAAUCAUUUUACUUAUGAUCAUGAUGCAAGAGUCUUUAGAUGUAUAUUAAGAAAUAGCUAGAAUGUUAUAGACCAUACCAAAGGAACAGAAUAAGAGGGAUGAGCCAAAGCUCUCUCUUCAUCUCAGUCCUAAAUUUUACUUUAAUUUAAUUGACAGGUUACAUAAUGACCCAAAGUUGAGCCUCAAUACUGCCAUCUGUCCUCAAUCUUCGGUGGCUUACUUUGCAUGGUUGGAGUACCUCAGACAGAGAGAACAGUUGAAUGUCACAUAUUGAAUACUUUAAAUAUCAAAUACUGAUUAAGGUUAUUUAAUGGCACAGACAUAUACUGCACAGGCUCCCUGAGGAACAUCAGCCUUCAACGUGAUUAUCAUAUUACUGGUCCAGUUGCCGUUGACAUAACUGUAUAAUCUUUUGUACCAUCAACGUAUUCCAACUAUGUCAAAAAGCAUUGCAGUCUGUGAAUAUUGUAAAAUAAUAUCUCUAUAAAAUCACAUGUAAAUAAGUGUAGAUUUAAAAAAAAAAACGUAUUAUGUCUUAUCUGCACAUAUUGCCUACCAGUGAAAGGUACUGUAAACCCUAAUCCGAGAGGAUGAGAAUUAUAACGAAGGCUGACUGAAUGCAUA